AUGACUGUUGAAACCAAGAGGAAGCAAUCAACCAUUGAAGAGUUUUUUGGUAAAAGCUCCAAGAAGAUCAAAGUUGCUAAAGAAUCGCUUGCGGCUAAGGCACGAACGGACGCGUCAGUUAAGCUCGAUGAAGAUCUAAAGACCACCAAGGAGACUGUUGCAAAUGAAAUUGAGGAUACCGAUGUUGCAGAUGUUAAGGAGAAGUUUAAAAAGUCCCUGAGUGGGUAUUUACAGACGCUAUUAGCGAUGGAAAUUGACACGAUUGAUCCGUCUUGGUUCGUUCACUUAAAAGAAGAAUUCAAGAAACCAUACUUUGUCAAACUCAAACAGUUUGUCACCAAAGAGCAGCAGGAAUAUACAGUGUUCCCUCCUGCGCGGGACGUCUACUCCUGGAGUAGGCUAACGCCCUUUGACAAGGUCAGAGUCGUGAUUAUUGGACAGGAUCCGUACCAUAACUACAACCAGGCACACGGUAUGGCUUUUAGUGUUAGGGCUCCAACACCUGCACCGCCUUCACUCAAAAACAUAUAUAAGGAGCUUAAACAGAACUACUCUGACUUCCAAAUUGACAAUCAGAACGGCGAUCUGACGCCUUGGGCGUUACAAGGUGUAUUACUGCUAAAUACGGCAUUGACGGUCAGAGCUCAUAAUGCCAACUCUCAUUCAAAAAAAGGCUGGGAAGUCUUUACGAAGAAGGUGGUUGAAUCUCUGAUCAAGGAAAGUGAGAAGGAUGGCAGAAGUUUAGUUUUCCUGCUAUGGGGAAAUAAUGCGACCAAGCUGGUAGAUUCGCUGCUCAAUGCAUCAUCACUCCCACAUAAGAAAAACUUGAAAGUGUUCAAAUCAGUUCACCCAUCACCAUUGAGUGCUAGUCGAGGCUUUUUUGGUAACACCCAUUUCAAGCUGAUUAACGACUGGCUACAUAACGAGAGAGGUGAAAAGAUGAUCGAUUGGAGCGUUGUUCCAGGCUCGCAAUUGACUGAAGUGGCACAGGCGAAUCAAAUUCUGGAAGGUGAGAAGAGGCCUUCUAAGGAGGUUGAUCUGUGA